AUGAUUGUGAUGAAAGCUUUCACCGUUCUCUCUCUUGUGAGCUCUUUCGCCUCUGCGCGCAUCAUUGAUGGUGCUCAGCACACGCCCUUCCGCGGCGCGAAUGUGAAGCGUGCCGCAGACAGCUCGGCUUCCUCGACCACGCUCGAGGACUACGACUAUGUCGUUGUCGGCUCCGGUCCCGGUGGUGCUCCCCUUGCCGCCAGGCUUGCCCUCGCCGGCCACAGCGUCCUCCUCGUCGAGGCCGGUGGUGACGAGACCAACAGCACCCAGUACAACGUCCCUGCGUUGCACUCGGUCGCUGCCGAGUGGGAGCCCAUGAGGUGGGACUACUUCGUCAAGCACUUCGACGACGUCGAGGAGCAGAAGAGGGACACCAAACUCACCUACACGCUGCCCAACGGCGAGCGCUACACUGGUCCCAACCCGCCCGAGGGUGCCGAGCCUCUCGGUGUCCUCUACCCGCGUGUCGGCUCUCUGGGUGGUUGCUCUGCCCACAAUGCCCUGGUCACCAUCUACCCGCACGAGAGUGACUGGCAGUACAUCUGCGACAUCACCGGCGAUGACAGCUGGUCGCCCGCCAACAUGCGCGAGUACUUCAAGCGCAUUGAGAGGUCGCGCUACCUGCCCAACUCCAUCUCGGGCCACGGCUUCAGCGGCUGGCUCGAGACUUCGCUCACCGAGCUCACCCUGAUCGCCCAGGACUUCAAGGUCAUCUCCCUUGUCCUGGCCGCCGCCGCCGCUCUCGGCCAGAACCUGCUGCAGUCGGUCAUCACCACCGUCACCGGCCUUGCCCACACCCUCCUGCUGGACCCCAACACGGAUGCACCCGGCCGCGACUCGGCUGAGGGCAUGUGGCAGGUGCCCCUCGCCAUGAAGAUCCCCGAGUACAAGCGUGCCGGCCCCGUCGACCUUCUGCACGAGGUCCUCAGCGCCACCAACGAUGAUGGCAGCGAGAAGUACAAGCUCGACAUCCAGCUCAACACGCUCGUCACCAAGGUCACCUUCGAGACCGGCUCCGACGGCACCCCCAAGGCCACCGGCGUUGAGUUCCUCACCGGCCAGUCCCUCUACGGCGCCGACCCCCGCCGCCAGACCGGCGAGGCCACCGGCAAGGGCACCAAGGGCUCCGUCAAGGCCAACAAGGAGGUCAUCCUGUCCGCUGGUACUUUCAACACUCCCCAGAUCCUGAAGCUUUCCGGUGUCGGUCCCCGCGAGGAGCUCGAGCAGUUCGGCAUCGACGUCGUCGCUGAGCUCCCCGGUGUCGGUACCAACAUGCAGGACCGUUACGAAAUCCCCGUCGUCGGCGAGGCCCCCACCAAGAUCUCGCUCGUCAAGGACUGCACUUUCCUCGAGGGUGACUCGGACCCCUGCCUUGAGAAGUGGGAGAACCUCCCCGUCGAGAAGGGUGUCUACGCUACCAACGGUGUCGCUCUGGCCAUCACCAAGAAGGCUUCCAACACGGAGAACAACAACGCCGACCUCUUCAUCGCCGGCUGGCCCGCCUACUUCAACGGCUACUACCCCGACUUCUUCAAGAACGCCACCGCCGGCGCCAACGCCUGGACCUGGCUCACGCUCAAGGCCCACACCCGCAACAACGCCGGCACCGUCACCCUCCGCAGCGCCGACCCCCAGGACAUGCCCGAGAUCAACAUGCGCAACUUCGCCGUCGGCGGUGACGAGGAUCUCGACGCGCUCGUCGAGGGUAUGAAGUACGGCCGCCAGGUCUUCCAGGACCUCAUCCCGCUCGACGGCAAGUUCACCGAGGUCUGGCCCGGCGAGUCGGUCCAGACCGACGAGGAGUGGAAGGAGUUCGCCAAGUACGAGUCGUGGGGCCACCACGCCUCCUGCACUUGCCCCAUCGGUGCCGACGACGACGAGAACGCUGUCCUCGACACCAACUUCAAGGUCCGUGGCGUCACCAACCUCCGUGUCGUCGACGCUUCCGUCUUCCCCAAGAUUCCCGGUACCUACAUUGCCGUCCCCAUCUACAUGAUCUCCGAGAAGGCCUCGGAUGUCAUCCUUGCUGAUGCGUAA